GCUGCCAAAUUGUGCUUAAUCCCUUAAUUCUUAUACGUACUAUUGUGCUUAGGCCUGAAACUGAGGUUAGCAAUGUUUAUUAUUAUUAGUAGUAGUAGUAGUAGUAAUAGUAGAAUAAAAAAGAUCGGCUCCCGCUGGUACUGAAAUAACGUUUCUAAUAGCGUAAGGAAUUAAAUUAGCAGUAUACCCGCUAAAAAUUCUGUGAAAUUAUCUGGCAACCCUGCUCAACGUUGACAUUGCUUUUCAAGAUGGCCGCGGCCACUGCAUGCCGCCUUGCCGCAGUUUGCAGACAAUUUCAAAGCGUUGUUAAAAUAUCUUUCCCAAACAAAGCACAAUAUUCAUCGCAUACUUUGGUUAACUAUCAUUCCUGCUUACAAAGGCAAAAUUACAAUCUUUUUCGAUUCAGCCGUCCUGAACAUGCUCGUCUUCUACACACAUCCGCUAGCAGAUGGGGCCUUGAGGAAUUCUUUGACCUGCCUGAAAACUGGGGAGAGACUACAGUUAAAUCAGGUUCUCCAUGGACAGUCAAACAGCUUAGAGCAAAGAGUAACGAAGACUUGCACAAGCUGUGGUAUGUUCUUCUAAAGGAAAAUAAUAUGUUGCAUACUAUAGAACAAGAAGCGAAACGGCAGUGUGUCCCAAUGCCUAGUCCAGAACGCAUUAAGAAGGUGGAAAGAUCUAUGCGGAGGCUUGACGUUGUUGUGAGAGAGCGAGAAGACUCUCUCCGUUUACUACAGACAGGACAAGAAAAGGGCAGACCUGGAGAAUGGAGGAGAAACGUUUUUGGCAAAACGUUCUGGUACCGUUUUAGAGAACAUCCUAUCCCCUGGUACAUGAACAGGCUCUACAAGAGGAAACGUUUCUAUACACCAUCAUUUGUCGCCCCAUACACACGGCUAAGUCUUGAGAAACACCUGAGGAGUAAAGCAAGGAGAGAAAGGAAAGAGAAACAAAAUCAGAAGAAACUGACUGAGGUUUUCCCUAAAAAGACUGCACAAGCAUGAGCUGGCCAAGACUAAAAGUCAAUUUUUGCUAAAUAUGUGAACCCAUUUCUUCAUGUGUGGAUUGAUCCCUGGCUUUUUAUAGUGGUGUUACAUUAUUAAUGCAGAUACAAAGUCUUACUGCAGGUUGCAGCACAGUAUUUCAGUCAGGACUUGGUCUGAGUAAAGCAUUGAGGAUGGAUUGCAUAUGUAGAAGAUGUCUGUGUACUGAGUGCUACAUGAAAACUGAAAUACAUCUGAGUAAUUCUCACUUAUUUAACUGGAUGUUUUUGGACUUGAUGGCUUCUGCUCUUUGCUUCAGAUUGAUAGACAAACUAAAUAUCAAUUUCAAAUGCAUAAUGAGCCGUGAUACAAAGAAA